UGUCCACUCAGCCUCCCUCACUUCUCUUCGCCAGACAAGUGCCUCUUCACAACUCACUCGUCUCUUGUUAUCACUGAACAACCACAGAGAGGAGCAGCCUUUCACCUCAGUUCAGAAUGCCUUUCGGAGGAGGAAACAAGUGCGGCUGUUGCCAGAAAACCGUCUACUUCGCUGAGGAAGUGCAGUGUGAGGGGAAGAGCUGGCAUAAAUCCUGUUUUCUGUGCAUGGUCUGUAAGAAGAACUUAGACAGCACAACAGUGGCCGUUCAUGUGGAUGAGAUCUACUGCAAAUCAUGCUACGGGAAGAAAUAUGGGCCAAAAGGCUACGGCUUCGGAGGUGGAGCCGGCACUCUGAGUAUGGACACAGGAGAGGGACUUGGAAUCAAGCCUGAGGAACAAGCUCCUCAUCGCCCUACAAAUAACCCCAACGCCUCCAAGUUUGCCCAGAAAGCAAGCGGCUCAGAUGUGUGUCCUCGAUGUGGCAAAACAGUAUACGCAGCAGAGAAGGUUAUCGGAGGAGGCAACUCCUGGCAUAAGGGAUGCUUCCGUUGUGCCAAGUGUGGCAAAGGACUGGAGUCCACGACCCUCGCGGAUCGAGACGGGGAGAUCUACUGUAAAGGAUGCUAUGCAAAGAACUUUGGUCCCAAGGGGUUUGGCUUCGGUCAGGGUGCAGGAGCUCUGGCUCACUCCCAGUAAAGCCUGAGGCCUCUGCCCACCUGGGACCGACAUCUGCUGCGCUCUGAUAUCAUCGCUUCCAGGAUCCUUCAGUCACUAUCUUAUUUUACUCUGCCCUUUCACUCCAGCUACAGGCAACGAGGAACAACAGAAGCACAAAACACACAGCUUUUUGUACAUGUGUGUGUCGCAUUAGAAUCCAGUGUACAAUUUUAUAGGCUUAAAAAAAGAAUUCAUGCUAAACAUUUAAAACUUACUGAAAUAUAACUUUGCUUGGAUGUGCAUAUUGUAUAUCUUUAGUUAACAGCAAGCAAGCCUGGUCCAUUUUAGGGGAAAUUAAUACAAAAUAAAACAAAUUAAACUCUGUGGUUGUGAUACAAAGAGACACUCAAAGUGUAAUAACAGAACUAAACAAAUGUCGAGUUUGAAUAACACCACUCGCAGAAGAGAUGAAGUCAUCCUUACUGCCUUACACGUCAAAUGGUGUACAUACUGUCUUAAAAUAUGCAUUAUUGCUGUGACACAAAAUAAAUAUCAGGCAGCAAAAACAAUUGGGGUUUUUUUUCCCCCUCAUUCCUUGUGAUGCAAAAGUUGGCAUGCUUUACACAGCUGUCAUUGUC